AUGAUGCAUCGGUACAAACACUUGUUUGCGGUCAUCCUGCUGGUUGCCGUGCUGUCGAUUCCCGCGGCGCAUUCUGCAUGCUUCCCGGCUUCCGAGCGACGAGCGCUCCGCACAGACCUCGAGCCCAUCCGUCUGGCGUACGGCAGCUGGGACGGCGCCAUUGUCGACAACAUCCUGGCCACCAUCCUGCUUGAGGAGAAAUUGGGCAUUCCGGCGGAAAUCAUCGACCUCGCGGGCAUUUCGGACGAGAACGUCAUUGAAAAGCUGGGCCUUGGCGAGGUCGACGCCUACAUGGAGUUGUGGGGCCUUGAUGAUGUGCUGGACGACUACAUUGCUCUCAAAACCGUGCAAAACCUUGGGCCUCUUGGCUUUGUUGCUCGCUUGGGUUGGUACAUCCCCGACUAUGUGGCCAAUAUUAGCCGCUCCAUGACCAGCUACGACGCGUACUACUUUGCCGAAACGGUCGAAAUCUUCCAGCGAGAAACCAUCAACUCGUCGGCCACGACGGGUGACACGCUGACGUCGUUGAGCGUGGCCGAUUCCGUCGAUGACACCCUGAACAGCGACGUGUGCAACCCAAGCAAUGGAUCUGCAACGCUGCAGGACUGUCACGACGCCCUCUCCGCCCUGGUGGAGCAGGUGCGCGAAACCUACCGCCUGCAAGAAAACAACACUCAGCUCAUCACCUUCUGGACGCCUCCGCCGUACUGGUUGCCGCUGGACGAGACCAUUAUUCGGAAUCUUGGCCUCCCGUUCAACGCGACUGUCAUUCCCAUGCUUCCCGAAGAAGCCGACGACGUCGAGUCUGCGAUUGUGCGCAAUAUUCACGAGGCGUACGCCGCCCGCAAGCCCUUCAUUACGUACUUUUACAAGCCCCACUCCAUCUUCUCGUCCAUUUCUGGGGUUGGGCUUCGUCGAGUUACGCUCCCCGAGUACACUGAAGUGUGCGCGACUUUGGGCGACGGAUACAACUGCGACUACCCCGCAGAAGUUGUCAAGAAGGUGGCCUGGGCGGGCUUGAAACAAAAAAACUCGGUCGCCUAUUCGUUCGUCAGCCAGUUCUCGUACACAGAGUACGCGCAGCAGGACAUUGUUGCUGCGUCGGUUUACCAGAACAAGACCUUGGAAGAGGCCACGUGCGCGUGGUUGUUGAACAAUCGGGCGGUUUGGGAGAGCCUGUUGCCCGACCCAGACUCGCUCGUCACCCCAACAGAAACCGCCCCAGCUGCCCGCAUCACCAUGUUCACUCUCGCCGGCCUUAUUGUGCUGAUUUGCUUGAUUAUGGGGCUGAUGACUUGGCAUUUCCGCCGCAUCCGCAUCAUUCAGUCGGCCAGCCCCACAUACCUGCUGCUCAUCUUGUUUGGCGCUGUCAUGUCCAUGCUCUGGAUCUUCCUCGACUACUCGGACGACCCAAGCACCGCCCAGUGCACGGCGCGUGUCUGGAUGCGCCACCUGGGCUUUAGCAUCAUGUUCUCGGCGCUCUUCCUCAAGACAUACCGAAUUGCGCGCGUGUUCAAGGCGACCGUCACCAAGUCUUCACCUCUGAAUGACCGUCGCCUGUUCUACCACUUUUUGCAGAUGAACGCGGUCGUCAUCCUCAUUCUCAUCAUCUGGACUGUCGUGAAUCCCCCGCACGCCGAGCAGCUCAUCUCUGGCAACGAAAGCUACUUGGUGUGCAACAUUAACUGGUGGGACAAUGCCAUGUACAUCCUGGAGGUUGUUGCUCUCGGAGGCCUUGCCGUGGUUUGCUUCAGCGUCCGCAAGGCGCCCUCGGCGUUCAACGAAUCCAAGUUUAUUGCCCUGUCUGUCUACAACUGGCUUGUGGUGGCGGUUAUCUUGCAAAUCAUCCUGCGUGCCACAAAGGGCAACGCCACCUUCUUUUUCAUUAUCGAAUCGCUCGAGGUCUUGCUGACAGUCCCGAUCAUUGUCGGUCUGCUGUUGGUGCCCAAGCUCUACCUGACCCUGAAAGGAAAGGGCGGUGAGGUGAGCACGAGCAGCUACCGCGCCAACUCCACCCCUCGUCAGCACAACCACACCCCGUCUGGCGAGCCCUCGUCGGCCAAGCAGAGGAGGGACAUUGAAAUGUCUUCUGGCAACGGAUCCGAUACUGCUGGCGAGCAAAACAACAGCCCGAAGCGCAGCAGUUCCAUCGAACCUGCGCCGGCUCCCAGCAGCAAAGCCGAUCUGAAGGAGAUGAAUGCGCUGCGUACUGAAAAUGCCCGCUUGCUCAAGGAGACGGAAGCAAUGCGCCUUCAACUCAUGCGCAUGAACAAUCCCCACGCAUCGUCAUGA